AUGAGCUUGUUCGACCCACUCGGAUUCUUUACUCCAUUCACAAUUCAUGGCAAAAUCCUUCUUCAACGUCUGUGGCGUACCGGGUGUGAUUGGGACGAGAAGAUCGAUGACGAGAGCUAUACACGUUGGUCACAGUGGAGAAAUAAACUGUCGUUGAUUGAAGAGGUGAGAAUUCCCCGUUGCUAUCUGCAGAAUGCUCCACCGGAGUCGCCUAUGAGUCGCUACAACUGCAUGUAUUCGUCGACGCCAGCGAGCAGGCGUGGUGCCGUAGCCUUCUUCCGGAUCGAAACCGACGAAGGUCCACAAUGCUCACUAUUUAGUUAUGGCGCGAACGAAAGUGGCUCUAUUCUAUUGGAAUUCUAA